AGAAGGCAAUACGAGCCAUUCCUUUAUCUUUUCCUUUUUCCUUUUCCUUCGUUCAUGCAUCAUCAGAUCGUCCUCAACCUUUGGUCGUCGUCUCCAGAUCCGUAGCUCCGAGCAACGCAGCAGCAAGCGCCGCACCGCCCCCUUCACUCCUUGUCUCUUCGUCCCCUUUGAACCACUUUCAAUCCAGAGAGAGCGCGAGGAAGGAUCGAGAUUAAGAAAAGAUAGUGACCACCUAUGUUUCCUUUUCGUCGCCCCUCGUAAUAAUACGCCUUUUGCCUCUUCUGAUAUCGCAAUCAUUUCCUCGGGUUGAGGGCGGUGCCACCGUAACACCUCCACACGCACCCUUACUCACCAGUUCACUAAUCGGAUCUGUUUCUGCCGGUGUCGGAGAAAGUGAGAGAGCAAAAGUAGGGAAAGAAACACGUUGCCCUACUCAUGUUUAGUUUGGAUCUCCUUUUCCUCCCUUUUUCCUCUUCCAAAAUCGUAUGACUGUUUUGCUGGACGAAGCUUGUGAAGGAAGAAGACGAUCGCGAUCUCAUCCGUAUGGAGUCAACGCAUCGGUGGGUUCCGUUGUAAUUUCGUCGGAGAUCCACGGGUGGAUCGGAAGGGAAGGGAAGGGAAGAGGAAGGGAGGGGAGGGGAGGGUCGGUCACACGAGCGAGGCGACGAUUAGGUCAUAAUUGCCAUCGAUUGAUCGUACAUGGGAUCGUUCAAGGGUCACGUGCUGCCGGGCAGCCUGUUCCUGGUGGUAGGCGUGUGGCACGUGUGGAGCUCUGUGUUCCGGUACGUGUCGGAGCCGCCGGGCGCCUUCCGGGUUCGGGCGUGGAGCCCGGUGGGCCGGGGCAAGGCCCGGCACCUGGAGCUCUACGUGGUGGCCGGCGGGGCCUUCCUCGACAUGUGCGUGGAGCUGCUCUACUCCACCCACCUCCGUUGGUUCGUCGGUCCCGAGCGGAUCCUCAACCCCGCUCACAUGAACGACUUCGAGCACGGUGGCAUGCUACUCAUGUUCUUCGUCUACGGCGCCCUCGCCCUCGUCUCCGAGAAGACCAGGUAUUUACGUUUGCCGGAGGGGGCAUUGUGCCUGAUAGGUGCUGCUGCAUUCAGCUCGGAGUAUCUGCUGUUCUACUUCCACUCAACCACUCACAAGGGAUUGGAGGGUUAUUACCACCUCCUGCUCGUCCUCCUCAUCGCUCUCUGCAUCGCCUCUGCGAUUGCGGGUGCCCUCUUCCCCACCAGCUUCGCGGCGGACCUCACCAACGCAAUCUCAAUCACUCUCCAGGGCUUGUGGUUCUACCAAACAGCCUUCACUCUUUAUGGUCCCAUGAUGCCCGAGGGCUGUCGCCUCGAUGGCAAUGACAUCGCCUGCCACUCACAUGACAACCAGGUCCGAGGGGAGCUGCUUGCCAACGUCCAGCUCUUUUCGCUCAUCCUGCUCGUCUUGUUCUUCGUGCUCGGAUCCUACGCUGUAGCUGCAUCCCGGUACGGACAUCCGGAUCUCAGUAGGUCGCAUGCAGGCGAAGAGCAUACAGCGGGAAGCGGUGGUUGGAAUUUUGGUACUCACCUACGCACGGGAACGACCCUCGAGGAGGUUGCUGCCUAUUGAGGGACGGAGCACACAAAACUCGUGCUGGUUGUAAACUGGUGAAGGCGGUACAAACUGUUUUCAGUCUCUCCUUCUCUUUCUUCCAUUUACUUUCUUCUUGGAGGAUGGCACGAUCCCAGACUUGGUCGAGCAUUAUUGGUGGAUUUCAUGCGCUAGAGUGGAGCAAGUUCUUUGAUUUGUUGCAGGGGUUCUUUGUUUCCUGCGCGCUCCGUUUGGGCAGAGAUGUUGCUGUUGUUGGUCUGAUUGUCUUGUGCAUCACAGACGUCCCACAAAUGUUUCUUGGACUUGAUCGAAGAUAAGGCGAAGGAACAUAGGCAAAAAGACCAUUCUAUAUACUAUUUACUACUCUGUUAUCAUUAGUAGCACAAUGAUUGAAGAACAAGGCCAAGGAAAAUAGACAAAAAGAAGUAGUUCUAUUAUUC